AUGAAUGACUCAAAGGAUCCCCCAGGCGAGUUGCUGGACUCCACAAAUCCAUCCCCCAAACUCGAGGCAUCCCGCAUCGACACCCCGGGAAAUGGGACCAAUUCUUACAAUAACUCUCUGAGUGCACCCACCACAUUGCCAGAUGGGUCUUGCAAACAGGCACUGCCCGCUGCAGAUCCUCUAGCACCAGUUCAACCAGCGUCAGCUGAUUCGCAUCCUGUGAUUCCUGGGCUUGGUCUUGUGAACAGCAGCAACAACCAGCCCACUAGCGAACCAUCAGCCGAGCAUGCAGCCCAGCAAACACCCUCGAAGACCCUCGAACAUGAUGCGGUACGCCAAGAAACAGCCCAUACCACUGCCACCGAAGAACAACAGCCGCAGGCUCAGGCGGAGGAUGUUGGCCGUGAUGCGAUGGAGGUUGACGAGGUGGCAGGGCACGGCAAUGAGCCUUCAUCUGCACAAGGUGCCAUGAACCAAGAUGGUGGUGACAAUCCGGAGUGGGAAGUUGACUCUUCCCCAUAUGAAUCGUCUUCGGACAGUUCCACGUCCUCCGAUUCUGAUGAUAGCGACGAGAGCGACGACGAUAGCUUCCAUAGGCUGACCCGUGAAGAACAAGCUCGCCUACUCAUGCAGGUUGAAGUAUCCGACGACGAAGGAGAAGAAGGAGCAUCGGGUGGUCAAGUCCGUUCUGCGAACGAGAUGGCCGAGGAAGCACUACCCAUCCCUGAUGUUACAGUCACUCCCGAGAUGGAGAUCGCUUACCUGGGCAAAGUUCAGAAUGUGGUUGAUAACUUUGUUCUCAUCGCAGCUAAUACUUCUGGAGAGUACCAGGUCCUUCAGCAAGGCUCGUUGCUUUGCUUCGAAGAUCGCAAGGUGGCAGGCGUUGUCGCAGAUUUAAUCGGACAAGUCGAGCAUCCAUUUUACACUGUCACCUUUCCGACCCCCGAUGAUGCCAGACAGAGCGGCUUGUCUGUAGGUACGCCGGUUUACUACGUCGUGGCUCAUUCUACAUUCGUGUUCACCCAGCCCCUCAAGGGUAUGAAGGGUAGCGACGCAUCGAACCUUCAUGACGAAGAGGUUGCUGAGGAUGACGUUGAAUUCUCGGAUGACGAGGCUGAAGCGGAAUACAAGCGGAAGUUGAAGCAGAAGCGAAAUGAAAAGAAAGCAGGUCGAUCCAAGAAGGGUCCUCCUGGACCUUCCAAUUUGGGGCGCAGUGUAUAUGGCACCGAUGGAUCUGGAGAUGGCUACAACCGUCUUUCCCGCCCAAAGAACUACCAUGAGAUGAUGGAAAAGUCUGAAGCACCAGUCGAAGGAAGCGAGCGUGGACCUAGUACCCGAGGAGGCUAUGGCCGUGGCCGUGGUUCUGAUCGGGGUCGAGGCGGACAUGGAAGAGAUAGCCGGGGCGACUCACGCCGAGAGAGCCACCAAUCUCAUCAGCAGCCUGAUGCCUUUCAAGAGUUGCAGCCACCUGCGUUCCAACCCCAUGUGGCUUAUGGCCAACCAGCCUACCCGCAGCAGCAGCCUGGUCUCGUGAUGCCUCCAUUCCCGCAAUGGCCUCAGCAGCAACCAGCUCAGUACCCUGCUGCUCCAGCCCAAGCACCCCAACCAUUCCCCUUCCAGUUUCCCUUCCAGCAAAUGCUCGGUCAACAGAACUUCCCAUCCAUUCCGCUUGGCGCACAUGUCAACCCUAUGUUUCUGGCGAUGCAACAAUUCCAGCAACAUCAGCAGCAACAGCAGCAGUUCCAACAAGCUCAGCAAUGGAGCGCUGCACAGGCUCAGAACCAAGCCAAACCUGAGCAGGAUCAGCAACCAAACCUGAAUAAGAGCAACUGA